CUCGUUGACGUGUGCGGCUCCUCCGGUGGGCGUGUUCACUCCAGCUUCCUCCUCGGUGCUGCGGGGGUCUGCGCGGUCAGAUAUCGCUGCAUAACGGACGCGUUCCCGCGGACGCGGCCGCGGAGGAGAGGAGGCGGAGAUGAGCCGGUGUGUGGAGGAGCUGCUGAUGGGGGCCGUGAGCUCCGGUCUGCGGCGGUGAUGACCGGGCCUGCGGCGCGGAGAUCAGCAUGGACCUCUCCUCCCUCCCCCGCUCCGGUCCAGGGCUAGUGUGAGGGAAAAUGCAGCCGGCGCGUCGUUCUGCAGUGCUGCACCGACGCUCUCACGCAGGAGAGAAACCUCACACCUGCCUGACCUGCAGCAAAACCUUCAUCUCCUCCACCCACCUGGCGCUGCACCUGCGCACGCACGCCGGAGAGAGGAGGUACAAAUGCAGCGUCUGCAACAAAGUCUUCACUCAGCCCGCCCACCUGAUGCGCCACAAGGCCAUCCACACAGGAGAGAAACCCUUUAAAUGUCCAGACUGCGGAAAGAGCUUCGGCCGCGCGUCUCACCUGAAGACCCACCAGCGGCUCCACACGGGCGAAAAGCCCUACAAAUGCACGCUGUGUGAAAAGGCUUUCACCCAGAAGGCUGGGCUGAUCAUGCACCUGCGGCAGCACACAGGUGAGCGUCCAUAUAAAUGUGAGAAAUGUGGCAAAGGCUUCCGUAGCUCCGCCCACUUGCUGUCCCAUCAGGCCCUGGAGUCAGGAGAGGGAAGGCACGUGUGUGUGAAAUGCCGGAAGAGCUUCAGGUCGGUGUCGGUGCUGAGGCAGCAUGAGAAGAGCCACCAGGGCGGCGCUGUCGAGGCGCUCCGCUGCAGCGUGUGCUCGGACUCCUUCGUCUGCUCCCCCUACCUGCGGCUGAAGCUCCGCCUCCGGCCCGCCGAGUGCAUCUAUCACUGCAAGGUGUGCAACAGGAUGUUCGACAAGAUGUCCAUCUUCGAGAGGCACUGCGAGAAGCACCGCGAGCAGCCGGACUCAGACGUGGAGGAGGAGGGGGAGAAAGAGGAGGACACCGGGGACCCUCUGUUCCUGCCCCACGGGGCAGACUUCACGUACCCCUCCGAGGUGAACACUCGCUCCAAAACCAGAGCGAAGACCAAACUGGAGCCCUCAAAGUGACGCCCGGUUCUAUGCACAUCACGGAACAUCUGUCUUUGCACUACAUUCACACUAUUGUUCAAAGGUUUGGAGUCACCUGCAUAUUAAUAACUGUGAUCAUAGUCCAUAACGCUUAAACAGUGUCGAUCCAAAUGAA